UUGUGUGACUUUGGGAUUGAGGCUGAAGUUGUUUGUGACUGAAGCGCUGUGUUUGUGUAGCUGCUGUGUUUGUGUAGCUGCUGUGUGUUAUAAUGACGGACUGUAGGUGCAGCGCGGUGCUGUGACACCAUUGUGUUUGUCUCCGUGACCCAAACCGGCCGCUGCCGUUGGACCACAUUAGCACAUUAGAGUCAUGCUGAGCUUCCUGCGACGGACUCUGGGCAGGCGUUCAGGCCGUAAACAUGCUGAAAAAGCUCGGCUGCGGGAAGCCCAGCGCGCACAAACGCACAUCCCAGCAGCCGGAGACGCCACGUCCAUCAUCACGUGCAGAGUGUCGCUGCUGGACGGCACGGAUGUCAGCGUGGACUUGCCGAAAAAAGCCAGAGGUGAGGAGUUAUUUGACCAGAUCAUGUAUCACCUGGACAUCAUCGAGAAGGAUUACUUUGGGCUGCGCUUCAUGGACUCAGCACAAGUGCCGCACUGGUUGGAUGUGACCAAAAGCAUUAAAAAGCAAGUGAAAAUCGGUCCUCCGUAUUGUCUCCACAUGCGGGUGAAGUUUUAUUCCUCCGAGCCCAACAACCUACACGAGGAGUUAACACGAUACCUGUUCGUGCUACAGCUGAAGCAGGACGUCUUCAGUGGCAAGUUAUACUGUCCCUUUGACACAGCAGUGGAGCUGGCAGCCUUCUCACUGCAGGCUGAGCUGGGUGACUGUGACCCUUCAGAGCACGGCCUCGACCUGGUGUCUGAGUUCCGCUUUGUACCCGAGCAGACGGAAGAUAUGGAGGUGGCCAUUUAUAACGCAUGGAAAGAGUGCAGGGGCCAGAUGCCUGCGCAGGCUGAGAUAAACUACCUGAACAAGGCCAAGUGGCUGGAGAUGUAUGGGGUUGACAUGCACAUGGUGAAGGCCAGAGAUGGAAAUGAGUACAGUUUGGGACUGACCCCCACUGGAGUGCUGGUGUUUGAGGGAGAGACCAAGAUCGGACUGUUCUUUUGGCCCAAGAUCACACGGUUAGACUUCAAAAAGAACAAGCUGACCCUGGUGGUGGUGGAGGACGAUGAGCAGGGCAAAGAGCAGGAGCACACGUUCGUGUUCCGCAUGGACCAUCCCAAGGCCUGUAAACACUUAUGGAAGUGCGCAGUGGAACAUCAUGCUUUCUUCAGGCUACGUGGCCCUGUUCAGAAGGGCUCCUCUAACUCAGCCUUCAUCCGCAUGGGCUCCCGUUUCAGAUACAGCGGAAAGACAGAAUACCAGACCACAAAGGGUAACAAAGCUCGGCGGUCAGCUACGUUCGAGAGACGACCCAGUCGCCGCUACUCCAGAAGAACUCUGCAGAACAGAGGUCCCUUUGUUCCUAAAUCCCCAGAGAACCAGAAUAAUGGAGUGAGUCCCAGUCAGGAGACAAAGCAUGUCCAGUCUCAGUCUGUAUGGACUGGAGUGUCCCCAGUCUCCAGCCAGCCCUUGGCUCAGGGUCCAUUGACUAUUGAAGCUCUGCCUCGGAGUCCUGGUGGCAGCCAAUCAGUAAAGAGGAGCAUGCCUGAGGUGACAAACCUGCUGGAGACCUGCGUGGACGACCUCGUACGGACACCUGUUCCCAUGGUGACAGCAGGCAUGGCCGAAGAGGCGGGGCCUAGUGCUGCUCUUUCCACCCCCAGCGCAGUCACUGAGAGCCUCUGUCUGAAUGACACUGCAGCUCGACUAAAGCAGCUGGAGAUGGAGAGCACGCCGACCUCCGCUCGUGCUCGCUCUAACGUCAAUGUCAACAUGAACAACCAGGAGGACGUGUUGAAGCUGUCAGAGAAGAGUUUAAGCAGCGUGAGCAGCAGUCCUGUCCUGAGCCACCUAAAGGCACCGGAUGAGCUCAAGAGCAACAUCCUCAAAGCCCAGGCUGAGGCAGUGCUCAGGGGACCAAGAGAGGAGAUGGGACUCACGGGUGAAAAGAAUUGUAACCAGGAAGCAGCAGCCAGGCUGCAGGGUCGAGGUGCGCAGACAGGAAGCACUUCCUCUCUUACGAUGGGAAGUCGGGAAGCACUGAUGCAGACGUUCUCCAGCAGCCUUGAAGUGAAAGCAGUCGAGUUCAUCUCCUCUCCGUCUCCAGCCGAACCCCUGAAUGAAGCCUCCUCAGUCGAGGUCAAAUCCGAGGCGCGGGAGACACAUGCAGCCUCCCACGUCGAUAACCUGAUCGACUUCACCGACCCCACACCAGUACAGGUGCCGCUGCCGCCGCUGCCCAAACCCAUCAUUACACCUCGAUGGAUCGUUCCUGCAGCUCCUGUAACUCCUGUAUCUCCGCAGACCGGCACUUUUACUAACGGCCUCCUAGAGCUGGACAAAUCAUCACAGACAGCAGCACAGCAUAGUGAAGCUCCUUCCUCCCUGCCUCAUCCUCCUCACACUCAUAAUGUGAUCGCCACCAGCAUCGUGUCUCACCCGCCGAGGAACAACCACAGACCCAGAGGCCUGCUGACCACCGAACUCUAACACGCUCACGUCCAGCAGCUUCGACUACCUGAAACCUUCCCAGCAUUUCAUUUUAUUUGUUUAAACCCCCUCUACAUUCCAGCACAGAGACUUGAACUAGCGUGUGCAGAAUUCGUAGACGUGACGUGAAGACAUCUGCUCCACACUGCACUACACUUUCAUGAUGUAAGAGUAAAGAAGGAUGUUUGGAGGCCAGCGGGAGCUUUGCACCGUCCUCGCGUCAGAGACACGGAGGGUUGUGGUGCCGCUCUGCCCUCUGCUGUUCUCACACAUCAUCCUGUUACAUCACUGUGAAAGAGCAAGCAGCUCCAUCAACCACUGCACAUCCACCAACACUGGAAACUUUUAUUUAUAGAUCCUCCAUAGUCCAUUUUUUCCUUUUAUCACUGGCUUCUUUUCAGAUUUUUAGUCUUCAGUAUAAGCUUUUUAAAACUGUACUACAAACUGGAUUAUUAUUAUUAUUAUUAUUAUUAUUAUUAUUAUUAUUAUUAUUAUUAUUAUUGGAGCUCUAUUAGUGCUGGAUGACAUGCAGUCUUUUGAGCGAUUGAGCCAAUUUUAUUAUUAUAAUAUAUAUAUUUUUAAACCCACACACUAUCAGUGAUGUUUUUAUCGUUGUAGUUGCAUUAUGACUUGCCUUAUUUUAUCAGUGUAUAUUACAGCGGUCACAUUUAUAGUUGGCUACAAUAUACAUCCUUUUAUUAUUAUUUUUUUUUUCUUUUAUACUCUUCGGAACUGCUUUAUAAUUUAGUAGAAUUUGUGCGUAAAUGUUGUCGUCAUGUAUUAGUCACAAGGCCGUGAAGGUUAAGACGGCGUUGGUUCGAAGCCGAACCCGUAUUUGACGUUUAGGUCACGGUGCAGAUCUGCUACUGUAGCUGAAUUACAGCUUCAACAUGAUUAAUGUAGUGAAAGUGUGACGUCGUGUCUGUCACUUUCUCAUGUCCUUUAUAUAUAUAUAUAUAUAUAUAUAUAUAUAUAUAUAUUCGUGUCUGCACCUGGAACACUAGCUGGGAAAAAAAAAGAAAUGUGACUAGAUGCUGAAGUUGUACUGAUUAGUUUUGACCUGUGUGCUGGAAGACUGCAUCAUUUACAUUCAUGUCAAUUGUUUCCUUGUCCAGCAGCUCAUCUGUGGGAGGAAUCAUCACAACUGUGCUGCUUUCUCUAGUAGUCUGGCUUUAAUUUAUUCUCUCUCUCUGUCUCUCUGUCUUCUUCUCUCUCUCUCUCUCUCUCUCUGACUGUCUUCUCCUUUCUCUCUCCCUGUCUCUCUCCCUGUCUCUCUCUCUCUCUCUCUCUCUC